AUAAGUUUGUGUUUUAUGUACGCCCAUUUUUCUUUUAAAAUAUGGUGAUGGCCGUCGGUGUAUUGGAAGGGACGUAAGCCAUAUACAUUAUUAUAACAAUAUACGGGCCCGUAUAAAAAGAAACGUUCAUACCCUGUGGUACCACAGUGCAGCAGUUAAGGCUUUCAACGAUGCAACGCAUAGACACCAUCAACAUGUUCUUGCAAAUGACUGGGUGCACCGACAGCAAGUUAAUGCUUUACUUGACGUAUUUCGAAUUUUUGAUCACGUUCUAUUACUUCAUCGCUGCGUACGUGUCGAUUGUGCAUUUCGAACAGAUGAGCGUGACCAUUCAGCUUUUCUCACUCUUAUGCAUGUUGAUCGAGUGCGUGAUACUGCUGAACAUCAUUUUUCGGCUCUACCAUCAAAAUCACAUCCGCGAGAUGCACAAGUACUCGAAACGGUUGGGGAUACCGGACAGUUACCAGUCGAAGAUAAACAUAAUAACAAAAUACCACCUGAUAGCUUCGAAUAUUUUUGUCAUUUUCCCGGUCACGUAUGCGAUUCUCUACGAUUCGGUACGCGUCGGAGAUCCCUUCACGUUUCCUUACUUGGACGUGUUACCGAUGCACACCUACAAUCUCGUGAUUUACGCAUGCAAAUACUUAGUGUACGCGAUAUCUGUGUACAUAGCACACGUCGAACUUUGUUUUAUAAACACGACGUUCAUAUAUUACGUGGGCGUUUUGAAACACAGGUUAGAGACCAUUGUACAAACGAUCAGAGAAGCUGUUGUCGACAACGACGAACAAAAAUUUAAAUAUGCGAUCAUUCAACAUCAAAAGUUAUUAUUAUAUUUUAAUACAAUGAAGAAAGUAUUUUCAAAACCGAUAUUACUGUCAAUGUCAUUCAAUGCUAUAUAUUUUGGUUUGACUACUUCUUUUGUGAUUCAAGCCAUACGGGGUUAUAUUAAUCAAGUAAUAUUAUCAAUAUGUAUAGCAAGCAGUGCAGCAGCUGUUAUAAAUAUUACAAUUUAUACUUUUUAUGGAAGUGAGCUUAUGGAUUUACACGAUAAAAUAUUACAUGUCCUUUUUGAUAAUGCAUUUUUUUAUGGAAACAAAUCGUUUAAAAGCUCUAUUUUAAUAAUGAUGACGAGAGUUACAAUACCGUUAAAAUUUACUGUUGGUUACAUUUUUACCAUCAAUUUAAAUUUACUUCUUAAGAUUGUAAAGAUGUCGUAUACUGUGUUGAACGUGGUAUUGUCAUCGGAAACAAUAAAACCUUAAUAGUUGUCAUAAUAGCGAAAUAAAAUAUACAUAGUCUAGAUUUAAUUCAUCAUUAGUAAGUAGGAUUAGAAGUUGUCUGUGGUUCAACGACAUUUCGACAUAACUACGUAUUUUAUGACUAAUAUUACGAGUCACCUAGUAACUAUCAGCUCUAGUGCGACGAAAAACAUCACCUGUUUUCCGAGACGAGUCGAAGGCCUAAG